AUGAAAUGCACAGCAGCAAGCGUUCUUUUAGUUGCCACUGCCCUCGUCUCUCUUGUAGAGUGUACUUCAUCGGACGAUGAGUCUACGGUCAAUAGAAUUCGUGCUGACGAGAGCCAUCUACGUGCACUUGUCGUUAUUCUUUCGUUGACGGGUGGUUUGGCUAUUGCUUUUGGACUUGGUGCUGGUAUAUGCUUGUAUUGGCACUGUAGAGCAUUCAGGCGAAGAAAACUUCGAAAAAGUCAAUUACAGCAACAGCGGGAUGAAGAAGUAUCAGUACUACCUAUGCAAGAAAGUCAACAACAACAACAACAAUCAACACCCGUUGACUUGCCAGCAAUUAUUGUCACGUCCCCUAGUGAAAACAUUACUCCAUUGACGGCUAUUGAGAAUAACGAUACUACUACAGCGUCAUCCAGCCCCAGCUUGGUUCCCAUGACAACGGCUACGACAACAGCUGCUCAACGGCCAUCACAACCUGUCAUACCUACACCUCCUGAUACGAGCACAGUACUUGAAGAACCUGGGCCAUCGGCACCAUCUGCCAAGGAACUCCUCAUCGGUCAAGAUAACAAUAAUGGGAAUAAUGCACACGCUGAUGAUUCGGCCAUUGUGUUUCAUAGCGAGUGUUGUUGCCAACAUCCAAUUGUACCACCACCACCAGCCUAUUCGCCAUACUCUUAUCCUCAACCUCUUGUGUUGGAUCCUGACACUGCACCUGCUAUUGCAUAUGUCAACAGACACAUGUAA